CGGGCCCCACUUCCCACUGUGCAGCUCCGUUCACACCCCGCGCUGCCGCCGCACACACACAGAGAGAGAGAGAGAGAGAGCGCGCGCGCGCCAUGGCUCCUCCGCCUCGUCGCCGCCGGCGCCUCCUCCUCCUGCCCCCGCUCCUCCUCGCCGUCGCCGCGCUGUGGGGAGCGCCGCCGGCCGCGGGCGCCGCGGAGUCGUGCAGGGCGUGGCUGGUGCAGUCCAUCCCCACCGACAUGCCCCACCUCCGCCGCGUCCCGGGGGUCCUCGCCACAGCGGACGUGCUCCAGUGGCUCUCGGGGAACACGACGGAGAGCCUUGACAUCCUUGCGCAAUACUGGCAGUUCAUAGCACACCCGAAGAACCCGAAAUCAGGGGAGUACGGGUUCUCCGAGAGCGAGAUGGCGAAGUUUGGGGCUGACGAGGGGCGCCGGGUUUACAAGGCACUGGAGAAAGCGGCAGAUCGUAAGGUCAAAAUCAGGAUCGCGCAGCACGCCGGAUUUGCUCCUGAUUUCGACCAAGAGAGUGCUAACCUCGCUGCAGGAAGGCCAAAUGUUCAGAAUGUAACCGUACUUUUUGAGGAUUGGUGGGGAUCCGGCGUUCUGCAUGCAAAAGUCUGGAUAUCCGACAAAAAGGAUGUGUAUAUUGGAUCUGCAAACAAUGAUUGGAAGUCCCUUACCCAGGUGAAGGAGCUGGGGAUUUAUUUCGUUGGUUGUCCACAGAUAGCAAAAACUGUUGAGGUGUAUUUUCAAAAUCUUUGGACACUUUCAACACUCAAUUCAACUACUUACACCAAAAUUGCCUGGGAUAAGAAGUGGCAGACUUUUAGAAAGGUGCCAUGCUGGUCACAUUUCCUACAACCUGAACAAAGAUGCAGGUCACCUCUGCCACUUUCUGUCGAUGUCCCGUAUGUUGACGGCUAUCCAUCACUUGCCAAUCCUGAACUGCUUGAUGUUUUAAUUGAAACCCCUGGGCUCAAGAGAUCCACUAAAGAACACCACUUGAGCUAUCUUUCGUUUGCUCCACCUGAGCUGUUGUUUGAUAAGUUCCAGGCAGAUGAGCAAGGUUGGGUCGACACCAUCAAAUCUGUCAAUUCUGGGGGAAUGGUGAGGAUAAGUACUAUGGACUGGCUUGGACAAUCACAGUAUGCUUCUGAAACUGUGUUCUGGCCAUCUUUGUCAUCAGCGAUAUCAGAGGUAAUAUUCUCCAAGAAUGCAACCGUGAGGCUGCUCGUAGCCUACUGGACACACUUCAUCCCGAGCACCGAGAAGUACUUGAAGAGCCUCCUGUACUCAAACAUCCUCUGCGCAUCCUCCAAAUACAACCACUGCGGCGGCAAGGUCGAGGUCAAGUACUACUUGGUUCCCGGGUACAACGAGACCGGACCUGCCUUGGCUCACGGCGCCCCGACAGGGAACCGUUACCCCGACUUCACCCGGGUGAACCAUGGCAAGUACGCCGUCAGCGAUGUGAGGGCGAACAUCGGCACCAGCAACCUCAUCUGGGACUACUUCUACACAACGGCUGGAGUGAGCUUCGGAACGUACGACCCCUCCAUCGUCUCGCAGCUGCAAGACGUCUUCGAUGCGGAUUGGGAUUCUCCCUACACUAUGCCCGUUAAACCUCUGGAGGCGUCCAGGUGAAGAGAUCAGUUCGUUUUCUUUGCUUAGUCAGGCACCACGGCAAGCCAUGGGCUCUCGCCGUCGUCCGACCACCGCCCUAGUCCUGGCGUCAUUGCUAUGCCUCUACCACGCGCUGCGCGGGGCCUUCUCGCUCUCCUUCAGCCUCGACUUCUCCGACGCCGGUGCCGGUUCGUCGAUCAUCGUGGGUGGCGACGCACUCAUCAGACCACCAACUCU